AUGCUCCUCAAUCUACCGACCGAGCUGGUCCAGCUCAUUCUCCGGAGCUGUGACACCCCCACGUAUCUACAGCUAGCGCUCUCUUGUCGCAGUAUUUACGAGAUGGCCACCAAGAGCCGCGAGCUCGUUCUUCACCAAUUACACCAAACCCCAGGCUGCACAGACGACAUCGACACGCUCCCAAUCCAAGACCUCGUCAAGCUAUUGAAGAAACACUCUCACCAAGAGCUCUUUGGUUCCGAGCAUUUCACAAACCGGAAACUCAUCGAUUUCCAAGGGAAAAAGCUCGACACCAGAGCUUCCUCUCUGGAAGCUCCAGUGCUGCGAAACAGAGCUCUUCUCGCUUUCCAGGGUGAUGAGACAGUCUACUUUGUGGAUAUCCGAGCUGGAACCGUCAGUCUUCGACGCCGCCUGGAGUCCCCCGCCAAACAGUUCGGAACCAUCCAAGUGCUUCGCACUGCCUUCAACAGCAGUGGAGCGUACGUGUUGCAUCGUUUCCAGCCAUUCGCGGAUAAGCAGCUGGAUACCACGCACCCAUUCGUCCAGCAGGCAAUGCAGUCAUACCCGCAGGGUAGUGUCUUCUUGGCCUACUAUAGCUUUGAUUCCCCCACGGACGCCGUGAGACUCUAUGACUUCCACGACGAACAGGAAUAUGAUCCAAUUGCCAUUGCUGCCCACCGUGACGAGAAGUUUGCAAUUUCUUGGCAACAUCGUCAACGAGCUCAAGAUCAUCAUGUCCUUAUCUACCUGAUGGAGGAUCCUGAUGAAGACGAGGACGAGGACGAGGACGAUGAGGAUGAUGAUGAGAAUGAGGACGAGGACGAUGAUGAAGACGAAGAGGUGGACGACGAGGACGAAGAAAUCGAGCAGGAGGAAGAGAAUAACGGUGAACAUGAGGCUUCGGGCCAACCACAGACGGUGUCCAAUAUCAUCUGCUCCUCGUACGACUGCUACGCUCUCACUGAGAUGAACGACGGUAGAUCUAGCGAUGCUGCUCUCAUAGGAAAGGGCCCAACCGCCAAACUGGUCUUCAAUGACCGGGGAUUCCAAAUGUUGCACCACUACAGAGCGCACACUCUGUUCAGCUCGUUUCAAAAGCUCCAUUCAAUCCCUGGAAUACCCGAACCAGCAGUGCGAAAUAAUAGCUGCCUGGUACCAUACUCUCCCUUGUUGAUGCUGCAGUUCGCAAUUGGCAUUCCCUUCUUCGCAACGCACCGCAAUGGCACUGACAGCCCCGUGCCCGGCACUUGCCACUGGCAGUACCUGACAGUAGGCAUUGCCACACACCGGGUUGAGCACUGGACAGUGGCCUGUCUCUUGAAAUCCGAGUCUAACCCCCAGGCUUUCCGAUGCGACCACGUCAUGAACCUCGAUCGAGGACGGCGCUUCGACCACUGGACCGCGGUGGCUCAGCUAGGCGGGUAUGAAGAGUCUAACACUAGCGAAGGCUCUCUUAUCGCAGCCUCUCCACUAGGCACUCGAAUUGCAAUUGCUAGUUGGAAGACAGUGACUGUUUGGGCGCUAGAGCCGCGAGUACUGGUUGACGAGGAAGAUGGUUAUUACCCUGAGUCGUGGACUAACUCUGCCGGAUUAACAGAGCUACGACCUGCGGCAAUCCAGCUGAAUGCGGUCUGCUUGCAGAUGAAGUUCACGGAGAAUGAGCAUGAACUCGCUGUAAUAACUGAUUGUGGACUGAUACUCCUCGACAUCCGGCCCUCCGGCGGAGGUGUAAAGGUCGUCGAGCGUCGAACUUUGUGA